GACACGUCCACUUUUUGGAUACCGCCAAGUUCAUCAUACUGCAACUGACAUGGGUUCCUUCGCCCUCACCUUCCAGACCAAAAAGGAGGAUGAAAGCGGGCUCAGCUCAUACUACAACAACAAAACUACUAUCAUCCAGGAGGCUCGCGUAUUCAACGAAUCUCCCAUAAGCCCAAGGAAGUGCCGAGCCCUGCUAACACGGAUAGUCUACUUGCUAUAUGUCGGCGAGACGUUUGGGACGCAGGAGGCGACAACCCUGUUCUUUGGGACGACAAAACUCUUCCAGCACAAAGAUAGUGCACUAAGGCAAGCUGUCUAUCUUGCUAUCAAGGAGCUCUCGACAACCGCAGAGGAUGUUAUUAUGGUCACCAGCAGUAUUAUGAAGGACAUGCAACCCAACUCAGAGGUUAUAUACCGGCCAAACGCUAUUCGUGCACUGUGCCGCAUCAUAGAUCCUUCAAUGGCUCAAGGAGUCGAGCGUUUCUUCAAGGCUGCUAUCGUUGACCGCAACCCCUCAAUAUCCUCAGCUGCUCUUGUGUCCUCGUACCAUCUCUUUCCUCUCGCGAAAGACGUGGUCAAACGCUGGGUCAAUGAAGCCCAAGAGGCUGUCAAUGCUAAGGCAUCUUCCUCUUUCUUCGGUGGCUCUUCUGGUGGCUAUCUUGGUUUUGCAAAUUCCUCACAGAACAGCGGGCAACAAACCAUUCCUUCGACCAGCUAUAUUGCACAAUACCAUGCGUUGGGCCUGUUGUAUCUCAUGCGACAGCAGGAUCGGAUGGCUGUGACGAAAAUGAUACAACAACUUGGCGGUGGGAAGUCCGGCGCCGGUACAACAUUGAAGAACCCCAUGGCCCUUUGUAUGCUCAUUCGUUAUGCUGCGAAAGUCAUGGAGGAAGAUCCCAAUGUCCAGAAACAGAUGCUCGAUUUGAUGGAGGGUUGGUUGCGUCAUAAAAGCGACAUGGUCAACUUCGAAGCCGCGAGGGCGAUUUGUGAGACGCGAAAUGUAACUCCAGCGCAACUUACAAAAUCUAUAACUGUUCUGCAGCUGUUUUUGUCUUCUCCCAAGGCCGUACUGAAGUUCGCUGCUACUCGAACUCUCGCCACACUAGCCUUGACGCAUCCGGCAAGCGUUGGUGUCUGCAAUGUUGACCUCGAAGGCCUCAUCACAGACUCCAAUAGGAGUGUCGCAACAUAUGCUAUUACGACCUUACUUAAGACUGGUAACGAAGCCUCCGUCGAUCGCCUUAUCAAACAAAUCACUGGCUUCAUGUCAGAGAUCAGUGACGAGUUCAAAGUAAUCAUCGUCGACGCCAUCCGCUCUCUAUGCGCCAAGUUCCCGACAAAACACGCUUCCAUGCUCGCCUUCCUUUCCGGCGUCUUACGGGACGAAGGCGGCUAUGACUUCAAGCGGGCUGUUGUUGAAGCUAUCUUCGACAUGAUCAAUCGAGUCUCCGAAUGCAAAGAGCAAGCUCUAUCACAUCUCUGUGAAUUCAUCGAAGAUUGUGAAUUCACGAAACUCUCUGUCCGAAUUCUUCAUCUCCUGGGUCUCGAGGGCCCAAAAUCUCCUCAACCGGCCAAGUUUAUCCGAUUCAUCUAUAACCGUGUUGUCCUGGAGAAUGCUACCGUCCGAGCCGCUGCUGUUUCCAGUUUGGCGAAAUUCGGUGUCAAUUCAUCUGAUGCUGGCUUUCAGAAUAGCAUCGGCGUCCUUCUUAACCGCUGUUUGGAUGAUGUUGACGAUGAAGUCCGUGAUCGUGCUGCGCUCUAUCUGAGGGUGUGCAAGGAGAAGCCCUUGGCCCAGUCUUACGUUCAGGAAGAUUCUGUCUUUUCUUUGGCAGCCCUGGAAACGAAGCUGGUGACAUAUAUAAAGGAUCCUGAAGCUACGGCACAGCCGCUCGAUGUUUCAUCCGUUCCUCGGAUCAGCCGUGCGCAAGCUGCCCAAGAAUCUGCUCGGCCCAGUACUUUGGACAUUAUCGGUGUUCCUACUACCCACAGACCUUCCGACUCCCCACCUCCUCCCACUGCCGCAGAACAGCAGUCUGCUUAUCUUGAACAGCUAUCAGAAGUUCCCGAAUUCACUUCAUAUGGACCUGUAUUCAACAGUACUGCAAAACCUACGCAACUUACGGAAAGCGAAACCGAAUAUCAGGUCACUUGUGUCAAGCACAUCUUCAAGGAACAUGUGGUAUUCCAGUUCAACGUUUCGAAUACUCUUCUCGAUACCGUUUUGGAGCAAGUUUCGGUCAUAAUGCAGCCUCAGUCCGAUGAUAUCGGACUAACGGAAGACUUCAUAAUUCCCGUGCCCAGCUUGAGCGCAUCAACGUCGCCAAGCAUAGUCUAUGUCUCUUUCACUCGUGCAUCCCCCGACGAUUACGCAAUAGGAUCCUUUACAUGCAACCUUAAAUUCAUCAGCAAAGAAAUGGAUCCUUCGACUGGGGAGCCCGAGGAUGAAGGUUACGAGGAUGAAUAUCAGCUGGAAGAAGUGGAACUUAGUGCUGGAGGGGAUUACAUUAUUCCCAGUUACGCGACAUUUGGGUCAGAGUGGGAUAGGCUUCGUACAGGACCAAGUGUUACCGAGACAUUUGCCUUGUCUGCAAUGGAUAGCAUCAAAGCCGCUUGCGAUUCAAUUAUCGAGAUCCUCAACAUGGAGCCGUUGGGCGGCUCGGAGGUCCCUCAGUCAACAUCAGUGCAUACGCUCCAAUUGUCUGGCCUGGUAACAGGCGGCGGUGGUAAAGUUUUGGUUCGCUGUCGAAUGACUUUCUCCCAAGGCCAAGGUGUAACUCUAGAACUAGGCGUAAGGACCGAAAAAGAGGAAGCAUGCAACUUGGUGCUGGCGGCAGUGAGCGGCUGAAGCAUUCCGUCAUUUAACAUCUUUCUCUUCAACAUCACUUUUUGCUGUGAAUAAAAUUGGGAUUAGAGGCAUACGAUUCG